UUCAAAACCUGUAAAUCAAAUAAACAUCCCUGCACCAAAUGAAGAACAAUUAAUCAGAGAUGUAGAAAAAUUGUCUCUAUUGCAAGAAAUGAAAUCAAUGAAUAAAACACUCAAUGAAAAGGAUGAGUAUAUCUUGCAAUUAGAAGAACAAAUAGAAUUUCUCCACCAAAGAACAAAAGAACUGGAGAACCAAUUAGCAAAACUUCCACUCAAAGGAAAAGAUGCGAAUGAACCAACAGCAGAUAAAGAAGAACAAAUCUCUACUUUAUCAGCUAGUGUUCCAACAAAUCCCAAAGAUCCAAAUACCCUACUCAGCAUACUGUGUUCAAUCACCUUCAAAAAUGGAGAAAUGAAAGAAUUCUUAGGAAUGAUUGAUACAGGAGCAUCCAAAUCUCACAUCCUUGAAACAGAAAUCCCGAGUUCUCAAAUCUCAACAAUGAAAGCUGUUUAUGGAACUCAAAUGGAUGGAACUCAACUCAAAUAUGAUAAAUGUCUAAAGGAUGCAAAAAUUUCUUUCUGGGACUGGGGAUCAGGAAAUUUUGGAGAAAAGAUCAUAAUGAGACGCUCUACUUCAGGCAAAGCCAGCGAUAGAGGCAACACCUCUAGAGCUAGACUUUCUCCUCGCCAGGGAGGGCACUCACUCAUUUUGCCAUGUCAUAAUGAAAUUCCAGAUUAUGCGACUCUACAACCAGAACCUUCAGGAGAAAUCGUGAAGACCACCUUAGCCCCACUGGCGGGUGGAAGACAAUUAGUUCCCCCACUGGGAAUUAAUCAAUAUUUAAUCGAAGGAUCCUCCUCAACUUCUACAUCUAUUCCAUUAGUGGAUGACACUCAGAGGCAACUCAGGAUGUAUUUCAAUCCACGAGUUCCCUUACCCGAGCUGCUAGAUGAUUCAAGACAGCUAAUUUUUCAGAAAGCAGAAGCUUCAGGCCAUGCUAGAUUGAAGGCAAUUCAACAAUUCCUUCAACAAAUAGCUGAAGAUGGUAUUAACCGAUCUGGUAUAGGCUUCUCAUGGGACACCUAUUAUUCUGCUACAGAAGGAAAACUCAAAAGGUGUAAUAGGUGUGAGGGAGAAACUGCAGAUGGGAUUCCACUGGAUAGCUACACUCAACUACUAGAUAUUUACUCUGAGGAAUAUAAAAAUGGUGAAGAUCAAUACGAGUAUCGAGGCGCUGAUUUAGGUGACGACCUUCCCAAUGAUGACCCAGAUGAGCCGGAGGGUAUAGAUUUUUACGAUGAUCUUGACUCAGUUGGGUGGGAAAAUCUUGAAAAUCAAAUGGAGGGAUAAUAAGCAAACAAAGGAACAGGCAUGCCUCACUCCAAAGUGACUGUCAUGAGACAUGUUCCGCAAAAACCGGUUACUUUUUAUCUUUCCCAAAAGAUAAAAAUAACCGACUACAGUUAUC